UCAAAUGUCUGAAAUUUUCAUUUACAUUAUUUUUUUUAAUGAAUUAUUAUUUUAAAUAGUUUUCUUUAUACGCACGAUUACUUUAUAAUUUAUACCAUAAUUUUAUUAAUAAAAAAAUAUGGAUGUAGUUGAGCAUGAAGUACUCUUAGACAAUUACGUAUCAAAUAUAAAAAGGAAGAAAUGGGAAAAUAACUACAUGAUUGCUGAAGAAACAUUAAAACUCUUCAGGCAUUUUAUUGAUACGAUUCAAUGGUCGACGGCAAAAGAAUUGUUGAAACAAUUACGAAAAUAUGGAUUAAUUUUAACUUCAGCUUUACCAUUACAAUUUAUUGUUGGCAACAUUGUUAGGCGAAUAUUAAAUAUUGUACGAGAAGAAUAUACUGCAGCUAGAAAAAGUUCAGAAGAAGAAAUAGAUGUGCAAGAUUCAUUACAUAAAAUUGUAACGUCAGAGGAUGAUAGAGAUGAUUAUAAUAAUGAAGUCCCUGAACUCAAGUUAUCAAUAUUUGAGCAUUUAGAUGAAUUUCAAAUGGAGAUAGAGUCAAGUAAUGAAGAUAUUGCAAAACAAGCUCGUGAGCACAUUCAUUCCAAUGAAAUCAUAUUGACAGUGGGUAAAUCUUCUGACGUGGAAAUGUUUUUAAAAGAAGCCGCUAAAGAUCGUACUUUUGAAGUAUUUAUUACAGACUGUGCUCCAAUAAAUACUGGCAAACAAUUGGCAUUAAGUCUCUCAAAGCAUAAAAUUCAAUCUACCUUAAUUCCAGACUCUACAAUGUUUGGAAUUAUGUCGAGAGUGAAUAAAGUUAUAAUUGGAGUUGACUCCGUUAUGGCCAAUGGUGGACUCAGGACAUUUAGUAGUUGUCACGCUGUAGCUUUAGCUGCUCGUCAUUACUCUGUGCCCGUAAUAGUCUUAGCACCUAUGUACAAAUUGAGUACACGUUACUUGUGCUCGUACAAUCAAGAUGCGUUUAAUGAAUUUGUUUCACCGGCUGGCGUUUUCAACUAUUCCGAUUCGGAUGUUUCAAAAGUUGAUGUUUACAAUCCAACCUAUGAUUAUGUGCCUCCGGAAAAUGUGACAUUAUUUAUCUUUAACAAUGGUGGUCAAUCUCCUUCCUAUGUUUACAGAUUACUGUCAGAGAUUUAUCAUCCAGACGAUUAUGACUUAACAACAUAAUGUUACACUAAUGAUAUAAUAAUUGAUACUCAUUAAAAAUAUAAAGUCUCAAUACA